GACGGCCCAGGCAUAGCGCAGUGGGUUUUCUGAAGGCUGUGGCACGAGCCGCAUGCCAACAUCUCGGGUGACCUCGUGCGACCCUAUUAAUACAACAAACAUCGUCAAUCUAACAUAGUACGGGCUCAAACAUGAAGUUCAUCUACACGUGUCUCUGUCUAUGUAUGGCUGCGGGUUUCGUAAGCCUUGCGCCGGCCAAUGGCUUCGUAUUUCCAGACCAGCGGAGGCAAGAGAAAAAAUUGGAGCCGAUUAUUACUCCACCGGUUCUUCCGAUAUUGGAACAUUUAGAACGUGACCCCAGUACUCUUCUUCCGGGUGAAGGUGGAAAGAGUGUGUCGAGUCAACCGAGGCCACGAUUUGGAUGGGGUAAUAGUUUCAACGUGAAGCCGACUGGAAACGGGGGGUUGUCAGCGAGUGUUAGCAGUAGUGCGAGUGGUGCCGGUAUAAGUCAUUCAGCCGCCCAAUCCUUUUCUUUUGGUUUUAACGAAGGAUUUAGUGCGUCACAUUCAGCGAGCCAAGCAUCGUCCUUUAAUGGCUUUGGAAGUGGUUUCGGUAGUAGCCAGGCCAGCAGUCAAGCGGCUUCCUUUAACGGCGCGGGUUCAUCAUUUUCCGGCGCAGCGUCUUCCGCAUCAGCCCAUGGCGGUGGGUUUAACAACUUGGCGGGAAGUCAGAGUGCCUCUUCAGCUUUCGGCUUUAACUCGUUAAACGGAUUCCAACCUGAUGCUUCGUUUGGCGACGGUCUUCUCGACGUCAGACACCGAGGCGUGCCAAACUUUCCUUUCCCCGAUCUCAUCGGCAGAAAUAAAGGAUUUGGUGCUGCUGCCUUCAAAACUGGACCUCUUUCAAGAAACAGUGAUGAUUUCCUAGCCGUCCUAGUCUCUUAAAUAUGAUAUUAUAAACUUUAUAAGCGUUAUAGACACUCCAAAGACUAGCGCUGGGCGCUGUACGCCAAAUACUUCCUACAAUGAGUUUAGCGAUACUCCAUGCCAGUGGCAUAAUAUGUUUUAUAGAAGUACAUAAACGUUGCAUAUGCAUAAAUACUAUUUGUCAAUUUUUAAUGUAAAAUAUUUGUCUUAUUCCUACAGUUAUCAUGAUUGCAAUGAUAAUGAUGACGAUGAAGCUAUUUAAACUAGAUGAGUUAUUUUAAAUAUCGAGUUUGAUAAGAAGGCUAGAGAUGUCAUUAUUUAUUUUCUUUAUAAUUACUAAAGAAAAUAAAUGAAAAUCGAGAAUAAAUAUAGAUUUUUUUACGAUAAAUUAUAUGUAAAGAAAAUCCUUAUUAUGUAGAUUAUAUUUUAAUUGGCAAACAUUGUAACGAUAUUAAUAUGGCAAAAAUACGUUGAAUUGAUUUACGAAUACAAAAGAAAUAAAUGUCAAAUAAACUCGAUUAACUGUUUAAGCCACGUUAGUAAAAAAAUAUUUUUAUGAUGUUAUUUUAAAUUUGUAAAAUAAAUUGUAAUUUUCCUAUCGAAUUAUAUGUACGGUUGCUCGGUUAUGAUUUUAAAUAUAAAUGAUUAUCUGUGAAUACGUAAUGUACCAGUAAUAUUUUCUGAAUACAUUAACAUUUUAAAAAGCAUAAUAUUUGCUUAUCAUGUUCUAAUCAAUUUUCUAU